CGGAGCUUCAUUCACAAAUUCGAUCAAACAAAGGAGUGGGCGAGCCGGGGCCGUGAGCGCGGGGCCAAUGGGCGACCGGCCCCGGGCCCACGGCGGCCGCGGGGCGCGCACGGGGCGGCUCCGCGUGGGCCACCGCUGAUCCCGGUGCUACCGGUGAUCCCGGUGCUGAGGGACGGCUCCGGACGGGACCCGACCCGAGGGGGGGCUUCUGUCGCGGGCUUCGUCCCGCUCGGGGCUGCCGGGCUCGCUCCGCCUCGCAUCCCAAGUUUCGGCAGCUGCGACGCGGUCGCUGCCGGUGCCGGGCAGCGGCAGCGAUCGCGGUCCUGCCGCCGCUGCUGCGGAUCUCGGCCGCCCCGCCUGGCCCGGCCCGGCCCCGGUACCCCCCGGAUGCCCGGGGAGCGCGGGUAGCGGCCGAGGAGGAUGAAGGGGUACCUGGACCAGCAGGUGCCGUUCACUUUCCCGCAGCAGCCCCCGGGCCCGGCGCCGCCCGCCGGCCGAGCCGCGCUGGGCGCUGCGAGGAUUCCCGGGGAGCCGGACGUGCCGCCGGAGCAGGACUCGGAAGAGCUGUUCCAGGACCUGCGGCAGCUCCAGGAGACGUGGCUGACUGAAGCUCAGGUUCCAGACAAUGAUGAGCAAUUUGUGCCUGACUUCCAUUCAGAAAAUUUGGCUUUUCACAGCCCUCCUGCCAAGAUCAAGAAGGAGCCCCAGAGCCCCUCGGAGCUGUCCUGCAGCCACAGCAGCCAGCAGUGCCUUUAUGCCAGUGCCUAUGACCAGCUCAGAGAAUCCCCCAGCCCCGGAGUCCUGAUCCAGCCACCACUCCAGCAGUUCCCCAGACAGGACAGAAGCUUCCUGAGCCCUGCAGGGCCACCCCACUCCACAUCCAGCUGUGGAUUCCUCAGUGAGAACAGCUCUGCCUAUCAGCCACCUCUGGAGAUGUGCCAUUCCUUCCCACCCUCCCAGGCCGUGGCCCAGGAAGACUCCAUUGCCUACCAGUGCCAGCUGCCCAAGCCCUGCCUCCAGUACCCCCAGCAGGGCUUCAAACAGGAGCAGCACGACCCCCAGUACGAGCAAGCAAAGCAGGCAGGCAGCAGGCAGCAGCUCCCAGCAGCUGUGCUGGUCAAGCAGGAGCAGCUGGAUUACCUGUACGAGCCAGAUGGUCCUGACUGUCCUUCCAUGUACAUAAAUGCUGAGAGUUAUCCAAGCCAUUCAAAUACAGAAGAUCCAUUAGGCUGCAGCUAUGACAAGCAGAUGAGGUCCUUUAUUGAUGAUGUCUGUGUUGUUCCAGAAAAAUUUGAAGCAGGAGACAUCAAGCAGGAAGGUGGAGGGUACCGGGAAGGACCCCCCUACCAGAGACGGGGCUCGCUCCAGCUCUGGCAGUUCCUCGUGGCUCUCCUGGACAACCCCACCAACUCCCACUUCAUUGCCUGGACUGGCAGAGGAAUGGAGUUCAAGCUCAUUGAGCCAGAGGAGGUGGCCAGGCUCUGGGGCAUCCAGAAGAACCGUCCAGCCAUGAACUACGACAAGCUGAGCCGCUCACUGCGCUACUAUUACGAGAAAGGCAUCAUGCAGAAGGUGGCUGGGGAACGCUACGUGUACAAGUUUGUGUGUGAGCCCCAGGCCCUGUUCUCCAUGGCCCUCCCCGAGCAGCAGCGGCCGGCGCUGAAGGCGGAGCUCGGCGAGGAGGACACGGCACCUCUGUCCCACCUGGGGGACAACGGCUCCUACCUGCCAGAGCUUGGCAGCUUCCCUCCACAGCUCUACAGCAAAGGCUACACCUACUAGCACUGCUGGGAGCACUGGGAGAUGGCUGGUUGGUGCUCAGCUGGUGGCAGCAUUUGUUCGGGCCGGCACCAAGCUCUGCAUCCCUGCUUUGGGCAGCACGAGUGGAAAAUCACCUGACAGCAGACAGGGCUCUUGUGUGCUUGUGAUAAAACUCUUGCUGUGUCAGGAUGGAGCUCGUUCUCAGCUGUGCAGACAUCUCAGCAGCAGAUCAGGUGAAUGGUGCCUCCAGAUGUAUCAAACCUGUUGCUAUCCCCUCAUUGCAGAGGGAGGGGAUGCUGUCCCACCAGGGCUUUUUUCAUUAAGAAAAAUGAGAAAAAUUAUGAGAAUGCUACAAUGCUGCUGCUGACUCUGUUCCUCCUGUACAUGUCCAGAACCUCUGCAUGACCUGCUUUCAGCUGUGACCAGAGGAACUCACUCUGAAAGGCCACUCAAGCCUUCUUCCCAGGAUGGCUGCAGGACAGUGGUCACAGAUCUUGUGCCUUCCUUGAGGAAUACUCAUUGUCUUGUGCAUGCUCCUGCCUUAUCACCUCCUUGCUCAUGCCAGGAGUUCCUGGGAUCCAGGCACUCUGAGCAGGAUACAUGGCCCAAAGGCAUUUCGGGGAACCACAGAGGAGCUUGGUCUGGGACACAGGUCAAACCAAUGCCUCGUUCAGUGGAGGGAUUGUGGGAAGCAGCAAGGCCUGAGACACAGCUCAGUGCAGUGGUGUGGCUUUUCCAAACUGAAAAACUUCCUCAACAAACAGUCUCAGGAUAUUUGAAGAGCUCCCAGGCUCUUAAGUGUGCCCAUCCUGGGGUUGGCUAGAGAAUUGUCUGAGGCAAGAGGUGUGACUAAAUUUAAUCACACCUGGUGGAGGUGUGAUUUAAAAAUGUAAAAAGUAAUCUAAUCUAUUAAUAUAGGAAUUCAGACUUAAACUCCACAGAUAUUUGCAUGUUUGAGGGGAAUUCAGAUGUGUUGAAAAGGCAGCUCUAUCUGCAGUCCAAUGCAACACCUGCAACUUAACUAAACUGGCAGGUUUUCCACAACAGGAAAUGUUUAUAAUGGGUACCACAUCCUGAUUAAGAGGUGCUUAAUUUUUUAAUUAGCAGCUCUACCAUGCUCCCAGUUAAACAAGGAGCAGUACAGUGUACCCAUACAGAAAAAGUCUGUUUCCAUUGCUUUAGAUUGAUGUUUCAGCUGCUGAAUACAGAGCAUUGCCAAUCCUGCCAGCAUGGUAGCCUGUAGAAAAAAAAUUCUGUAUAUUGACUGAAAGCCUGAUUUCCCCUGAUGACUGUCCCCUGCAUGGCUAAUGCCAACCCUCCCAGCCUCAUCCCUGAGUGCAAGAGCCAUGGAAGGCAGCAUUCCCUGCCUGAGGAGAGGCCAGGCACUCAGAGCAGUCUGCUCUGCUGAUGCCUUUGCAGGCCCUGUGCAGAGACUUGGUGCUCUGACAGUUCCUGACCCUCCUGCCUUGCCCUGCACCUCCCUGGCCAGCACAGCUCCUGUGGUGUCCCAGAAGUGAGGGUGAAGGGGAACCCUUCCUCUGGUAUAAGCUGCCUUUACUAUUUAUGAGUGUAAAAAUACUAUCAUUAAUAAAUUGGUCUGGCUUUGGCCAGUGCAAGCUCA